ACGAGAAGAUAGACGCCAUUUUGAGUUUUACAGAAGGAAAUUGUCCUGUACUAUCCAAACCAUCCUGAUAGAACCGCUAGCGUUUUACGUUAUUGAACUGCAAUUUACUUGAAAGAAAAGACUUAUCUAGUGGCUCUUUAUUCUAUUUUCCUUUUAACUUGCCUUAACUACCAAAAAAUGGCUUGUGCAACUUUGAAACGGUCAUUUGAAUUUGACCCAUUACUCAGCCCACAACAUCAACCUUCUCCUAAAAGACGGCGUUGUGUCCCGAUGUCUACUUCCACAUCGUGUCAGAGCCCAAGCCAGUCAAGUAAAGAGUCGCCUUUUACUGAUGUUACUCCAAGAAUUACACAAGAACAACUGUCUACAAAUAUUCAUCUUGAGUGGAAACGAUUACAGCGACGCAAGCAUCUCAAGGCACCAACUUGCAACUCUGUUGAAGCAAUGAAUACAGUACUAUCAUCUCCUGGAUCUUCACCCACAAGAAAAGAUCAACCAUUGUUUACAUUAAAACAAGUUUCCCUUAUUUGUGAAAGACUCCUAAAAGAAAGGGAUACUCAGUUAAAAGAGCAAUAUGAUAAAGUAUUGAACACUAAACUAUCAGAGCAAUAUGAUGCCUUUGUUAAAUUCAACUAUGACCAGGUUCAACGAAGAUUUGAAAAAACAGCCCCAACAUAUGUAUCCUGAAAAAGAUUGCAAGAGCUCUAAGUUUGAUGUUGUAGCACACAUGUUUACUUUUUAUGGCUCCAAUACAUACUUGUGUUAUUACUGGAAGUAUGAACAAUGUAAUCGAUAAAUAACAUGUACCACACCCACCUUCAUGUACCUAUUGUCCUACCAAUUGUUGUUUGUGUCAAUCCUCUUUUAUGUACGUAACAUAUUAUACAGUUUUACUCUUUUUGUUAGCAAUCUUUAUUGAAUUUGUAAAAAAAAAAUAAUGUUAAUUAAGUAUAUUGAUGUAAGAGAGAAAAGACAAUUUGAUGGAGUGAAGUGUACGAUUCCAUAUAACCUGUCUGUAGUUUUAGUAGCAUGAUAGAAUAGGAUUCUUUUUUCAUACCUUGUUGCACAGGUUCAAUUGAAAUCCUAAACACUUAACAGAACAAUGUAAAUAUAAUACUUUUAUUAAGAUGCAAGAGAUAGGAGUUUAUUUCUGUUCCAUGUUACCCUAAUUUUACCUGGUUAAAUAGUUUUCUAUCUCAGCAAAAGUUGUCAUGUAUUCCUUAAAUUGACUUGCUAAGAAACUAAUUUGGCCUCAUUCAAUAGAUGACAGUUUAGCCUUGUUUAAAAAAUGUUUUUGCUCAUAUUGAUCUAGCUGUAAAAUUGAGAAAAAAUCUGCGGUUAUUAAAGUUUACAAUGGAUUAAAAAGAUUGAGUUGUCUUUUUUUUCGUA